AACAAUAGUUUCAAAAUGACUUGUCUCACUAGGGGUGGCCAUGGAGGCACCCAGCACAGGAUAUUGGCACAAAGGGAUUCUUGUUCACGGUGGGACACGAUUGGCUUGGAGAAAGGUUUACAGAAGAUUUUCAGGGACUGUGAGGGGGACAAGGUAGAUAAAUACCCCAAAUCCAUUGGGAGACCAGAGAAAUCCAGUUCAGAAGGAACUAGUGGUUUUCUUCAGAGUUUGCUUUGUGUGGUGCCACAAGCAGAAAACAUGGUCAGCCGAUUUGAACACCCAGCUGGUAGCUACAAGAAGAUUUUUGAGACAUGCGAGGAGCUGGCUGAGCCUCUUCCAGCAACAGUCACAGGUAGGAUCCCUUCAUUUCUGAAGGGGAGUCUUCUCCGCUUGGGACCUGGGCUUUUUGAGGUUGGAGAUGAACCUUUCUAUCAUCUAUUUGAUGGCCAGGCCCUCAUGCACAAAUUCGACUUUCAGGACAACCAGGUCACCUACUACCGAAAGUAUAUCCAUACAGAUGCCUACGUGAGAGCCAUCACAGAGAAACGUGUGGUGAUCACUGAGUUUGGCACCUGUGCAUACCCAGAUCCCUGCAAAAACAUUUUCUCCAGGUUUUUCUCUUACUUCAAGGGUGUAGAGGUCACAGACAACUGCCUGGUGAACGUGUACCCUAUAGGUGAGGAUUUCUACGCUGUAACAGAAACCAACUACAUCACUAAAGUAAACACUGAUACCUUGGAGACGCUGAAGAAGGUUGACUUGUGUAACUAUGUCAACAUUAAUGGAGUGACAGCCCAUCCUCACAUUGAGAGCGAUGGUACAGUGUAUAACAUUGGAAACUGCAUGGGAAAAGGAGCAACGCUGGCCUACAACAUCGUCAGGAUUCCACCAACACAGAAAGAUAAGUCUGAUCCCAUUGAGAAGUCCAAGGUGGUGGUGCAGUUCCCCAGUGCUGAGAGGUUCAAGCCCUCCUAUGUGCACAGCUUUGGCAUGUCAGAAAACUACUUUGUCUUUGUGGAGACCCCGGUGAAAAUCAACCUGCUGAAAUUUCUGAGCGCUUGGAGCAUUCGAGGCACCAACUACAUGGACUGUUUCGAGUCCAACGAGAGCCAAGGAACCUUGUUUCACAUUGCCAAGAAAGACCCAGGAGAGUACAUUGAUCACAAGUUCAAAGGGGCACCCAUCGGCAUGUUCCAUCACAUCAACACCUACGAGGACCAAGGCUUCAUUGUUGUUGAUCUCUGUGGCUGGAAAGGUUUUGAGUUUGUUUACAACUACCUCUGGUUGGCCAACUUGAGAGCCAACUGGGAAGAGGUGAAGAAGGCGGCCAUGAUGGCACCACAGCCGGAGGUCCGCAGAUAUGUUAUUCCACUGGACGUCCACAAGGAGGAGCAGGGGAAGAAUCUUGUCAGCCUGCCGUACACCACGGCCACAGCGGUGAUGCUCGCUGACGGCAACAUUUGGCUGGAGCCAGAGGUUUUGUUCUCCGGGCCUCGACAAGCCUUCGAGUUCCCUCAAAUUAAUUACUCGAGGUACGGAGGGAAGAAUUACACAUACGCCUAUGGUCUGGGUCUCAACCAUUUCAUACCAGACAGGAUCUGCAAGUUGAACGUGAAGACCAAGGAGACCUGGGUAUGGCAAGAACCAGACUCCUACCCCUCAGAGCCUCUGUUUGUUCAGACUCCUGAUGGGGUAGAUGAGGAUGAUGGAGUGCUGCUGACCAUUGUGGUGGCUCCCGGCUCCCAGAGACCAGGAUACCUCCUCAUCCUCAACGCCAAGGAUCUGUCUGAGAUUGCCAGGGCAGAAGUGGAGUGCACCAUGCCUGUCACCUUUCAUGGGAUGUACAAACCAUAAGGGGGGUUUUCUCAGGGUUUACAGCCUUUACAGGGUUAUUGACUGUCACCCAGCAUUUAUAACAGAUACAUAAUAACUAAAUGGUUGCAUGUUCUCAUAUGCAGUUGACAUGAGUUGUUAAAUAAUGAUAUUGUGAAUUGAUGUGCCUUUUUGAGUCUAAUUGUUGGAUGUACUAUAAUAUCUAAAACUGAACUGUCAGCGUUGGUGUAAUUAAAACAAAAUGGAUUUGUUCACAUGAUGUGUCAAAUGAAUAUUUCAUGGUUGGAAAAAUAAAUUUAGCAACAUCAAAA